AUGGCUAUUCAAAAGGUAGUAGACUUAAAUAAGCCGCUUGACGCAGACGCAAAGGCUACCUUGGAGAAAUCCAGCCUCAAGCCGGAAUUAGCACAGGCCGCUCUUGCCCUUCACGGUGAUCGUUACCGUCAGUUGCAAUCCAGAUUGAAUAGAUUCUUAUUCUGGCAUCCAGUCUUCAUUAUUGUAUUUAGUAUUGCCAUUCCUACUGUUCUCACUUACAAACUUUGGGACUACAUUUCCAUUUCUGAUUCUCCUGUCGAGUUGUUGCUGUUCUUGAUCAAAUCCAAUGACUUCCGUUUCCAAAUUUUAGCUUCCCUUCCCCUUUUGGCAGCUGUCAUGGGAUUCGUCGGUAUCACUUGUUUCUGGGUUAGCGAGGAAUUGAGAUAUAUCUCUGACAAAAUGAUCCAAGAAGGCUUUGCUGGGGAAAUCUUCGGCUUCAACAUUAAGACCUUCUCUGAAUUGCCUUCUGAACCAACUACUACUCAAGACGUCAAAUUGUAUGAAAAUGGAGUCAACACUCAGAUCAUUCUCUACCGUGACUCUCCAAUUGCUAUCUGUACUGUUACCCCGGAUUUAGUUAACUCAACAGUUGAGAACUUCAUUGUUAAGAUCUCUGGAUUGCACAUUAGAAAGGUUUUCGCCAAAGUUGACUUUGAUGACUUGUUGAUCGAUUGGAGUAUCUUCAGGGCCAGAGAAAUCUAUCAGGACUAUGUGAAACUGAAGAAUCUCAAGAUUGUGGUCGAUCUGUACUCAUUCGACAAGAAAUUUGAAUCUACAUUACUUGCUAAGAACUUUGUUAUUGUGGACGAAUCUCUCGAGCUCAAUCCAUACAAGGAAGUUUCCACCAAGAUCCAAAAGCUUAUCCAUAGUUUCUUUGGCGUUUCUAGAAGAACCCUUGAACUUGAUAUCAUCACUACUAAUGAAGAUGCUGCUCUACUUGAAAAAGCUGUCAAGGAAUCCAGUUUCCUUCGUCACGAGAGCAUUACAUCAUCAGCUACUGAAGUCAGUACUCCAAAGGGAGUCAGAAAGAGAAAGUCAUAGACUUAUCCAGGGUAUCCAAAAGUGUAAAUAUACAAAAAUAAUCGUUUAAUUUUAAUGUCGUUAAUAAAUUAUCAACUUAGUUCUAAUGCUACAUACAUCCUACUGGUCUAUAAACAGGAAUCUUC